GGCUUUCGACCUGAAAGCCCUCUUAGGCCGUUUCAAAUAGCGCUAACAACCCUUCGCUUAGAAACGGAAGUCGCAUUCUACACGUUACCGUGCUUCCCUUGCUUAGAACAUCGCUAAGAACGGUUUUGUUGUUAUGCCUUGCUCUUGGUGCGUGUCGCAAGGCCUCGUCUGUAAAAUGAUUGUACGUAUAAAGCGUUACAAGGCCUGUAUUUAUCGAGGUUGUUCUUACGAUGGCUCUAGCAUCCCGCUUUCUUCUUUCUUUAGGAGUAGCAUUAUAUUAAGGAUGCUAAACGUUAUACUAAACUUGAGCUAGAUAAAUCCUAAUACCGUCUAGAAGAAGCCUAGCAUGAGUUAUUUAAAAAGCUUAUAUAGCUCCGGUAUCUUCGUUAGCAGAAGGAGUUUUUGGUAGAGAAAGGUACCAAUAUGGUGGCACGUAGUCUGUCGACCUUAGACGAGUUAGAGGAGGUUAAGCGGCAAGAGACGCCUGCUAUACCCUCAUUAUAGAUUAAUAAUACCGUCGAUACUAUCGACUAGGGCGCUAUCUUUGGUUCUAUCCCGGGUUUUCUUUUAGUCGAUCCGGGUUCUGCUAGUAGAACUGUUCCAAUUUCUUAGGGUAGUUCAAAUUCUUAACUAGUUCCUAUAAGUUAUCCUCUAGUCUAAAAUCAAGCCAUUUAACUAGAUACUAUAGUUCUCCGUUAAUAAUACAUAAAUCUAGAAUUUCUUUGACAUCC